UUUUUGUUUCAACGUAGAAUUAUUGAUGUGGGCUCUGUCAGCGUGCUAACUAUCGUAUUUCGAGACUGACAGUUCACUAACUUAUGAAAACUUGGUCGCAAUGAUGAUGUUUUCGGUUACUGAUAAACGUGGAGAAGGGCUGUCAGUUUCAGUACGUGAUGUUCCAAAUGAAUGGUUUCUCACUGCCAUUCUUCCUUUUGGGACGAAAUUUACAAUACCAUCGGAGUUCCCAAGAUUACUGCAUUUGCAACAGCCUGCGAGUCGAAAUAAUCUAUUAGUAAACUGGACUAGUGUGUUAGUUUAAGACAAAAUUACUUCAUGAGCAUUUAAGAAAAACGAAUUACUGUACAAAGGAGGUUACUGCGACAUCGCUGCUUUGAAUUUCAUUACUUGAAGCGGGAAUGAAAUGGCCGAAUACUCGGAGUAUAUUUGCAGAACAAAUACCUUAAGCAGUCCGGCAUACCUUGGUUGUGAGGAUAACUCAAGGCAGCCAUGUGGUAAAGGGGCAAUAAAUGCUGUACGACAAUUGAUUCUUAAAAGCCCAACCAUAGGUAGUACACGCACAGACGAUGAAUUUAUUUUACGUUUCCUUCGUGCACGGAAAUGUAAUGUACCAGAUGCCUUUGAGCUUCUGUGCAAUUAUUGCAGCUAUAGACAACAAAACAGCAGCUUAUUUGAGAAAUUUGGACCCACAGACACAGCUCUCCAGCAGGCUCUUCGUGAUGGGUUUCCUGGAGUAUUACCUCAAAGAGACAGGAGAGGAAGAAGAGUUCUUGUGAUUUUUGCUGCUAAUUGGGAUCCCUCUUCAUAUGAUUUGCUUACAAUAUAUAAAGCCAUUCUUUACUCUCUGGAAAAACUUAUUGAAUUGCCACGAAAUCAAGUAAGUGGCUUUAUCUUCAUUGUCGACUGGAGUGGAUUUUCAUUCAGUCAGUCAUCCAAGCUGAAUCCCCGUGUUUUAAAGCUAAUGAUAAAUGGCUUACAAGACUGCUUCCCAGCAAGAUUCAAAGGGGUUCAUUUUAUAAACCAACCAUGGUAUGUCGAGGCCGCACUGACAGUUAUCCGUCCAUUUCUGAAAGAAAAGACAAGAGAAAAAAUAUAUCUACACGGCAACAAUAUGAGUACACUACAUGAGUGUAUAGCACGAGAUGUACUGCCAGCAGAGCUUGGAGGAGAAGGACCCUCGUACAAUCAGCUCUCGUGGGCAGACAAAGUUUUGGAGGCUGAGGACGGCAGGACAGACAAUAAUACUGUUCAGCUGACUCCUCCUUUCAAAAGGAAGGAGAAUUCUCGGUAGUUGGUGCCAGAGGAUUUAUCAGUAAAGCUUGCCAACAUUCCACAAGUGUGUGUGAUUUUUAUUAGUUGGUGGAGAUGACAAUUUUGGCUUGUAUUAUGAUGUUAUGGAAUGAUCUCACUUUAUUAAAAAUGUUGGUAUUUCAGUAUUACAACUAGUCUUAAUAAGUGUGUAUGUGGAUUUGUGAUACUGUUCGCACAAAUGAGCAACUUGUACAAAUUGUAUUUUUUUAUAUUUAUAAGAAAACAUAUAUUUCAUAAAAGCAUACUGUUUUUAAAAAAUGUGUUUUGGAAAAAAUUAUAUGAUAAAUAUCUGAAUUUGUUUUGGCAUAAAAUGUUAAGGCAAGGACAGUUUCAGUAUUCAGUACACUAAAGUGCAGCUAUCAUAUAUUUUAAAUUAGUGUUUCCUCAGUUGUGUGUCUAGUUGAUCAGAUGUAUUUUGUGAAUAAAUUUUAACAAUUUAAAAGGUUGUUGACAGUGAGUUUCAUACUUUGACAAAAACUGUACUAGACUUCAUGGAUUGCAAUAUUCUAGAUAUGAUUUAGGGUUUCUAGAGUUGUAUGAUUUAAAUUAUUAAUGAAAAAUAUUAUAGAGACUUGAAAAAUCCAUGACUAAGGAUGGGGUUGUGGGACAAAUGUGGGAUUAUCUCUCGUUACCAUUUUUCAUUGGGAGGCUGAGGUCAAGGCCCAGACAGUAGUAGCUGAUCUUAAUGGUAUCAGAGAGGAUUAGAAUGUUAAAGAGAUACGACAGAGAAGAAAAAAACUAAAUCUGUUAUGUAUGAAAGUACAGAAAACAAACAGCCUGUUGCUGCUAAUCAACAAAAAAUGGUUAUGUGGCAGUCCAUUGUCUGCCAGCCCAACAAGGUUGUAUAUAAUUUCUGUAAAUUGUAUAUUAAUUCCAUCAAAUUUAUAUGAUUGUCAGCAAUAUUCAUAUUUCUACACAGAACUCGGUAAGGCAUUUGUAAAAUCCUUCACUUGAAUGUUUUGGAACUGUGAACAUCGCAAUUAGUACUAAGAUGGACUAUCUUUAAAAAAAUUUCUUUGAUGUUGUAUCUUUGUAUAGAGAUUCUCUGAAGUCUGAUCUUUGUAUACAGACACUUUUGCUAUUGUAGAUAGGUGUUUUAUGUUUUAUGCCCAGUUGUGUGCUUCAAAUUUUUGUUAUUGUUUAUAAGAGUGAUGCUUUAAUUACACUGUUGUUUGUAUCACUUACACCUAUUAAAUGACAAAGUAAUCUAAAUAACCUUGCCAUUUGCUUCUGACUGGUUAUACUCAAUGCUGUAUCACAUUAAAUUUACUUAAAUAUUUUGAAAAAACAACUGACCUUAACUUAAAUUUUUAUUAUUCUUUCAUUCUAACCUUAAGCACUUGUAAAUGUUUUUAAAUUGUUGCCUUUUCAAAAUGUGUCAAAAAAAGGUCUAGUGAAUCUUUUAACUUAUGAUUUUGUUCAUAGCUGUAGUUCAGUAUUGCAGAAUAUUUCAACAAAGAUAAAAAGUCAAUCAUCAACAGCAUAAGAAAACCUUCACUUAGUUCACUUCACCAGUUUAAACUGACACCUUCAGAAGUGAAAUAGGCUCAAAUCUGUGGUAACCCAAUGUCAAGAUUAAAAUUGGGCAGUAGUGUGCAUUGCAACAGAAUCAAUGAAACAAAGUGACAUCACUAGAAAUAUACUACUGUCAGAUUCUUAUUUUCAAUUUGGCAUAUCAGUGAUUUGAGCCUAUUGCAACAACGGAAAUUCAAACAAUAGAAAAACCAGGGUGUAAUGUAACACUAUUAUAGAAGGAAAGCUGCUACUCACCAUACAACAGAGAUGCUGAGUCACGAUAGGCACAACAAUAGGAUUCACACAAGUAUACCUUUGGGCCAUUAAGGCCUUUGUCAACUUGCAUUUGCUUGUGUGUGUGUGUGUGUGUGUGUGUGUGUGUGUGUGUGUGUGUGAAAGCUAUAAUUGUGUGAAUCUUUUUGUUGUUCCUAUGGCGACUCAGCAUCUCCGCUAUAUGUUGAGUAGCAACUUUCCUUCUCUAAUAUUGAAACUGGUAAAGUGAAUCGAAUAAAGGUUUUCUUGUGCAGUUGACGACAGACUUUCAUCUUUGUUGACUUUUCAGCUUAUUGAGAUAUAUCCACUUGAAAGCACUCUGGAAAGUCACAUAGGUUAUUCUGUUAAGUAAGAUAAUUGCUUUAAUGACUGAUCACCAAAAUGUGUAACAUCAUGAUACAGAGGUUUCAUGUCUGCACUUAAUUGAAACUCUAAAACUAAAUUGUGUAAUUUUUGAAAUGUUUUAUAUUGAUUAAAAAUUACACACAACUUUUUAGGAAGUUUUAAA